GCGUGCCUGACUACGCCCUCCUUAGAUGACGUUCCUGCUAGUCUCUCUAGCUCCCAGCCUCUCGUUACACCGCCGACGCUCCAGAGCCUAAACACCCCGUCAAUUGCCCGCCCAGAGCUGCGCCGCCGCUCGUCAAUUCCACCACCACGCGCCCCGACGACACGCCCACGAAUUCUCACGAUGCUGGCCGGCGCACUCUGCCGCUUGGCAGCCGACGCCCCCAGGGCCUCCCCACACGACAUGCCGCAGCUCGCCCGCACCCUCCGCCGCACCCUCCUCGCCCGCAAUGCCGCCCAGGCCCCGCAUGCGCGCGCCCUCUCACGCGCCUUCGUCUCUGCCCUCCAGAAUCGCCGGUCCUAUGCUACAACUACGCGCGCCACCAAGCCCACGGCGACAGUGAAGAAGGCAGUCAGGACAGCCGCCGCUAAGAAGCCUGCGCCCAAGAAGACGGCCGCAACAGCAAAGAAGGCGGCUCCCAAGAAGAAGCCCGCGGCAAAGGCUGCGCCUAAGAAGAAGGCAAAGAAACCCACCACGAAGAAGCCCGCGCCCAAGAAGCGUGUCAAGAAGGUCUUGACACCCGAAGAACAACAAAAGGUCAAGCUCCGAGAGCUACGCGCCAAGGCACUCAGGGAACCCGUAACCCGCAGCGCAUUGUCUGCUCUCAAUGCCUACAUAGCUGACAAACUGGCUGGUGUUCCGGGUACUAAGACUGGGCAACUUCCGGCUGCUAUGGCUGAGUGGAAAAAGCUGACCCCCGCUGAGCAUGAGCACUACAACCACCUCGCAAUCGAGAAGAACGCCGCCAGAAAGGCCGAGUACGAGGCAUGGAUCAAGACCUACACUCCCGACCAGAUACGCAUUGCAAACAACGCACGUGCCCAGUUACGGAGGAUCUAUGCGAGUGAAAAGAAGAAGACUCCUGCCCAUACUGCCAAGCUUGUCGACGACCGUCAUGUGAAGGUGCCGCCAUCCUCCUUCGGCGCAUUUGUCAGAGAUAGGUUUGCGACCGGAGAAUUAAAGGGCAUUAACCCGCCUGAGGCUAUGAAACUCAUCUCCGAGGAGUGGAAGUCUUUGGGCGCUGCCGAGAAGAAGAAAUACACAGACGACUAUCUUGUUCAGAAGAACGCUGCUGCAUCCGCAUAAUACGUCUAGCGGCAAUCGCUUGUAGCGCCUGCUUCUCCAUUACCCCUCUACUCAGAGCCGCAUCGAUUUCUUUUGUCAGUCAUGAUUUGGGCCUCCAUGAUACCGUGUAUGUUCAAUCUGGAUAUUGGACCUUACCUGGUGUUCUGGUUGAAGACGGUGGUGUCAAGGUUGGAAAUGGUAAGAUUCCUGUAACGGAGACAUGUCCAUGUAGUUUCUCAGAGCACUGUAAUGCUUCUUCUGUGAUUGUGGUUUAUUCUAAUGCAAUCGCAAGUAUUGAGAG